CCCCGCCCCAAAGGUGGCCGCUGCAAACUGACUGUAUAAUGUAUUUUUGUCCCUGUGCCAGCCUCUUGGAAACAGACUAAGUUACAGUACACAACAGAAGCACACAUUUCACCUGCGUGCUCAACUGGAUAGAGACUUGUAGCCACAACACAAAUAGCUGAAUGCGUUUUUGGAGGAAGAACCAUGAUGCGCAAUUACGCACGGGACUAAAGGAAUUUGACGUUCAGCGCCUGUCUAUUUGUAUCUCCGCCAGAGGAUUCGCUGUCCAUAGUUUUGAAUUCUCUCCAUUUACAGAGACGGUAUCUAUGCGCGACGUCAUUAGUGCAGCCACAGCCUCUCCUCAACUCUUAACUCUGAAGUUAACCAUCCAGUCCUCUAUGUGCACUGGACAGGAUGGGAUGCUCCACCAGUUCCCAAACUUCAGCGGUAGAUACGACUCGACCCAGUGCUAAGCCCGAGGAGAGCAACGGAUCCAGCACAACAGCCAAUGAGAAUGGCAAAGUAGCUGAGGACAGCGAAACUAUUCCCGACCAGACACCCGCUGGGGGCGGCGAUGCUAAGCCUGCAGAUGAAUCUGCUGCAGCUGCACCUGCAGGGGAGGAGCUUCAACCUGGUGCAGCCAGUCUGCCUGCAGAGGCAACAGCAGACAGCACCGCAGAGGCGGCAGCGAGCUGCGCAGAGCCUGCAGCUCCUGAGCAAGAAAUAGCAGAGGCCACAGCGACCGAUUCAGAGCCCAAAACAGAGGAGGCACCAGCGCCCAGUGAGUGAAGUGCAACUUGAACGACUGCACAGAUGAGUUUGCUGGAAGUGUCUUACCUUGUUUGUAUGCAUGAGUGAAAGUAUGUGUAGGUGUGUGUUUGCGUGUUAAAGACAUCGCCUCGUUGCCAAGAUGCAGACCCUGCUUUGAUAAAUCACUUUCAGCCAGGGUUCCUCAGUCAUCACUGUGCCUUCUUCCCCUUAUGAUGAUGUAUGGCUGCAGUUUCUCCUUGUAAACUGUAUAUAGACAGAGUUCUACGGCACUUAGGGUUUAUUUUCAGAUGUCAUCAUUUCAGGAAAACUUAAAAUUUAUUUAUUAUCUGUAUAGAAAUUUCUAAUAGCAGAUUUUCGAUUUAACUUGAACCUAAGAAUCCAUUCAUUACUUUUCUACAAAAUUAUAAUUCUAAGGAAACCAAAGCCAAAAUAUAUUUGAUUUAUGAACUUAUUUUAUUUUUGGGUAGCUGGCUUUGAUUUUACAACCAUGUUUGUAAUAAAUAUGAAGAGCUGAGGACCGUACACAUCAAUAUAGGAGCACGAAUGAGAUAAGCGUACAUUUGAAACUUUUUUUUUUGUUUCUGAGGUGUCAUGAUUUCUCUCUGGAAAGAUGGCCUGAAAUCUGUAAUAAGCUAUGAACUGUCAAAAAAUUAAAAAGACCACGUUAAAAACGA